AUGGGUCAACCUGCUAUUGAGAUUGUCGUCACUGACGUCGGUGAUCACACAAUCGACGAUGUAUCCACUCAGGAUGGAAAAGACUGGUUGGAGGCAUUUAGAGCAGGAGCUGAAACGAUUCCCGGCGUUGUACGAGCUUGCUGGGGCCGAAGCUAUAGAGACUCUAACAUUGCCAUGCAUUUUAUCGAUUACAAAACACGCCGUCAACAUGAUGUGCAUAAGAGAGACGACCUUGGUGGAGCUGUUCCUGAGUCGUUGUGGCAUAUCAUGGAUAGGGAGAAGACCGAUCUCUACGUGAUUAUCCCAAACACCCCCGACCGAAGCAUCCUCUAUGCACCACAAACCAAUGUAGUCUUCUUCUGGGGUAUCGAUGAAGACGCAUUCAGAGCGAAGCAAGAUGAAUUUUUCACUGCCAUUGAGAAAUCAGAUUCCUGCCUUGGUUACAUCUGGGGUGAGAUUCAGCCGCCCGUGCUUUCUGACAAGAGGGGCUAUGCUGCACUGGGUAAGGGAGGAGUGAUGAUUAGCGGAUGGAAGAGUCGUGAAGAGCACGAUCGAGAUGUCGCAAAGCCCAGAGUUGUGGAGGCUUACAAAGCUGUUUCGGCCACUGUCGAGAGGACUGACACUUGGGGAAUGCAAGUUUCGAUCGUGGAAGAGAACGGACACUUUCACAAGUGGCAGCGUUUGACUAACACCGAUGUUACGCGAUGGGACCAUUCCAAACGGCCAAUUGUUUAA